AUCCAGCGGCUUCAUCUCGGCUUCCUCUCAACAGCGGGCGGGCGUCGGAGCGUGUGCACCGCCGCAAUGGCGGCAAAGGGCCCACAAUCGACUGCCAACUCGACUGAUGAUGAGUUCCCCGCAGAGCUUGAAUCCAGAAUCCUUCACAGAGCGAGCCUGGGAGGCAAUGGGCAGGCUACCGGCCCUUGCUGAUCUCAACCAAGCUCAGAUGGUCGAGAGUGAACUGCUUGCCAAGUCGCUUCUUGAAGAAGGGGCUGAAGGUCUUACUCAGCGCAUUCUACAAAAAGCGGGGGUGGAUACUUCCAGGUUCAGUUCUGACCUGGACUCGUUUCUGUCAAAGCAAGGGCGUGUGUCGGACACUAGCUCCAAAUCGAUGGGCCAGACCCUCCAAAAAGUCGUCGCGGCGGCCUCGGCAGCUCAAGCUGAACUCGGAGACAGCUUUGUCUCUAUAGAGCAUCUCUUCCUGGCCCUGGCACGGGAAGACACCCGCUUCACGAAGAAAGCCUUGCAAGAUCAGGGCACCGACGACAAGAAGAUUUUGGAUGCUGUGAACGCAAUCAGGGGCCCGCAGAAAGUCACAAGCAGGAACCCUGAGGCCGCGUAUGAGGCGCUCGAGAAAUACAGUCGAGACUUGACACAGGCCGCCCGAGACGGGAAGCUGGACCCUGUUAUUGGACGCGACGACGAGAUCCGCAGGACGGUCCAGAUUCUUAGCAGACGCACGAAAAACAAUCCUAUUCUUCUGGGAGAGCCAGGAGUGGGCAAGACUGCGAUCGCUGAAGGGCUCGCACAGCGUAUCGUUGCGGGUGACGUUCCGGAAUCUCUUAAAGGCCGCCAGCUAGUGUCGCUCGAUAUGGGAGCUUUAAUCGCAGGCGCCAAGUACCGCGGAGAGUUCGAAGAACGCCUCAAGGCAGUGUUGAAGGAGGUUACGGAGAGCGACGGACAGGUCGUGAUGUUCAUCGACGAAAUUCACACCGUGGUAGGCGCUGGGGCGACAUCCGGGUCCAUGGAUGCAAGCAACCUUCUCAAGCCGAUGCUGGCUCGCGGCGAGUUAAGGUGCAUCGGUGCUACAACACUGAACGAAUACAAGCAGAACAUGGAGAAAGACAAGGCCCUGGAGAGGAGGUUUCAGCAGGUUUUCGUGAAGCAGCCGAACGUGGAGGAUACUGUGAGCAUCCUACGUGGUUUGAAAGAACGUUACGAAGUGCACCACGGAGUUCGACUGCAGGAUGCAUCGCUCGUCGCCGCCGCUCAGCUCAGCCAUCGAUACAUCGCAGACAGAUUUCUCCCUGAUAAGGCCAUCGAUCUUGUGGAUGAAGCAGCUGCCAAACUCAACAUCGAGGUAACGAGCAAGCCCCAGAUGAUUGAUGAAGUGGACAGGCGUCUUAUCCAGCUGGAGAUGGAGAAGCUGUCACUUCGAAAAGAGACUCGAGCGGAUGCCUUGAAGCGCAUCGAACAGAUCGACGAUGAGAUGGCGGAACUCCAAGAAAAGCAGGAAGGUCUUACGAGUGCUUGGGACUUGGAACGAGGUCGCGUUGGUAAGGUGCAAACCUUGAAGGAAAAGAUCGAUGCCCUGAAGGUUGAGAUUGAGCAUGCCGAACGCGGUUAUGACCUCAACAAGGCAGCCGAGCUCACCUAUGCAGUCAUGCCGAAGCUUCAGAAAGAACUCGAGGAAGAAGAGGCGGUUCUGGACAAGGAUGGUGCGGAUUCACAUACCGAUGGCGGAUCUCGCAUGCUGCGAGAUGAGGUCACGCCGGACGACAUCGCAUCCGUCGUGGCGUCUUGGACAGGCAUCCCCCCCGGAAAGCUGAUGUCCAGCGAACGCGACAAGCUGAUGAACCUAGAGGACGAACUGCACCAACGGGUUGUGGGCCAAGAUGAGGCUGUGCGGGUGGUUUCGGAGGCCAUCCAACGUUCCAGGGCUGGACUCAACGACCCGGACAAACCCAUUGCCAGCCUCAUCUUCCUAGGUCCCACUGGGGUGGGCAAGACCGAACUCUGUAAGGCGCUAGCUGCGUACAUGUUCGACACCGAGGAUGCCCUGGUCCGGAUUGAUAUGUCCGAGUACAUGGAGAAGUUCGCUGUCUCGCGGUUGGUCGGGGCUCCACCGGGCUACGUGGGCUACGAGGAGGGUGGGCAGCUCACGGAUGCCAUCAGACAGAGACCGUACUCGGUGGUGCUUUUUGAUGAGAUGGAGAAGGCCCACCCGGACGUGUUCAACAUCAUGUUGCAGCUUCUCGACGAUGGACGCGUUACCGACAGUAAGGGGAACGUGGUAAACUUCUGCAACUGCAUCAUCAUUUUCACCUCGAACGUGGGAAGUCAGUCUAUUUUGGACGUUUCGUCUGCGGAGGGUGGAGGGGUUCGUGAGGAAAUGCGGAACCGCGUCAUGGCGGCAAUGCGAGAGGGAUUUCGACCCGAGUUCCUUAAUAGGAUCGACGAGUUCGUCAUCUUUGAUAGACUCUCCGCGGAGGAUAUGCGCCACAUCAGUGGGCUUGAGCUGAAGAAAGUCACUCUUCGCCUCGCAGAUAGAGAUAUUACGUUGGAGGCAUCGGAUUCCGCGCUCGACUUCCUCUCAAGCGUGGGGUAUGACCCUGCCUACGGAGCUCGCCCUCUCAAGCGAACGAUCCAGAGAGAGGUUGAAACGGUAUUGGCGAAGCGCAUCAUAUCUGGCGAAAUCGCAUCGGGUGACGUUCUGGUGGCGGAUGUCAUCAACGAACGUCUGGUGAUUGCGCCCAAGGGUGCAACUUCUGGUUUGUCCCAGGGUGCGACUCCCGCUACUCCAGCACUGGACAGCUGAUCUCGGUCCGUUUAACUCUGUUUGAUUGCUUUGUUGUGGCCAUUUCCUACGGUCCGCCUAUCUCGAAGAACAGUGUGUAUGGGGUAUGGGGGCGAAAACCAGCUGGUGGAACAAUGCCGUUAAGGGUAGACAAAGUGGAGCCAGGUGGUGGAGGGGCGGCUGAAGCGAAUCUGCUCAGAGAGGUCGGGUGCAUUAAAGAUGAUGCAGACCUAAGUGGGGCAACGGGUUCAACUGCACAAGGGGGUGGGUGGGGGUAACGUUUCAGUUGAUGGCCAGUCGAACGCUUAGCUCAAGCAAACGUUUAGCUCACGUGCCCCUGAGGCAAAUGUUAUUUCGAUUGUUAGAGGGGGCGGGGGGCGGUGAAAUGGUUGAUGUACGGUCAUGACAGGGCUGGCCCUGGAGAAAACGGAGCAAUGGAGGGAAUCGCAAAGCGAAGCGCUGGAAAUAAGAAACUUAACAAAUG